CGAGCGUGUUCACAGCUACCGUUCGACACUGUGAAACGUGGAACUGAAUCGGGAAGCCAUAGCGGCUUGUUGUUCCCAGCCUCCCAUCGCAUCGCAUCGUGUCUCACUAACGCCGCUAUAUCUAACUAACUAGGAGAAGACGGCGGGGAAUACAGGAGCUGCUGCCGGCCGUGGUGGUGGUGGAGGAGGACUGGUCGCCAUCGACAUGUCAAGAUGAGUGAGCACAUCGCUGCCCCGCUGCUGGUUGGUGCGGGCUUGCUGAGCCUCGCGGCGUUCGCCGUCGGCUGGUUCGUGACGAGGAAGAAGAAGCCGCUCUACGCGCUCGACGACCCCAACAAGAAGUAUCCGUUCAAGCUCAUCGAGAAGGAGAUUAUUAGUCCCGAUUCCAGAAGGUUCCGAUUUGCACUCGCCACGGCAGAUCACGUUCUAGGAUUACCCGUUGGUCAGCAUAUCUACUUGACAGCGAAGAUAGACGGUCAGAUGGUGAUGCGGCCCUACACCCCGGUAUCGUCCGAUGAUGACAAGGGCUUUUUUGACCUUGUCAUCAAGGUAUGGCCCGAAGUCUACUUCAAAGAUGUGAACCCCAAGUUCCCUGCAGGAGGCAAGAUGUCGCAGUACUUGGACUCGCUCCAGGUCGGGGACUACGUUGACGUCAGGGGACCCAGCGGAAAGCUGAUGUACUGCGGACGAGGUGGAUUCAGCGUGCGUGGAGAGAAGGGCAAACCGCGCUACAUGAUCCACACGCGUAAGCUCGGCAUGAUCGCCGGCGGGACAGGUAUCACUCCGAUGCUGCAGCUGGUGAGACAGAUCUUCAAGGACCCGGGAGACAAGACGAAAUGCUGGCUACUGUAUGCCAACCAGACGGAGGACGAUAUUCUGCUGAGGAACGAACUGGAGGAGGUGCAGAGAGCGAACCCAGAUCGCUUCCACCUGUGGUACACCCUCGACAAGUCGACGGAAGGAUGGCAGUACAGCACUGGAUUCGUGAACGCCGAGAUGAUAGUGGAACACCUGCCGCCACCUGGUGACGACACGCUCGUACUGAUGUGCGGACCGCCCCCUAUGGUGAACUUUGCCUGCAUCCCGAACCUCGACAAGCUUGGUUACGCCGUGAAGAACAGAUACUCGUAUUAAAAAUCUACGAGCGGCCGGGAAUCGUGCUGUCGGUCCACGUCUCAUGUUUGGUGUGGAUCAGUGCCAACAGAUGGCGGCACGUGUGGGGGUUUACGGGCCCCAGUUUUAGGUCGAGCGACAUUUUUUCCGAGUGAGAAGUCGUGAUGGGACGAUGUCGUGAUGCAUGCACUCGUAGGAUACAGAAAAUAGUAAUUCGGCUUUCUCAAAUGCAGGUGCUGCUAUAAGUUAAUGAAGUGUGAACUUGUUUCAAACCCAAUAGACUACUGCAGUAUAUGAGACCUUCUCAUGUUCUUUCCUUGAUUAGAAUUCUGUUUGUCCGAAGGGCUAUUGGAGUGGUUCUGUUACACAAGUCCUGUUUGGUAUAUAAUCUGCGAAAAUCCCCUAUAAUAUACCAAUGACCUGAUACACUUUCAUCUUAACGUUUAUAGACAGUUUUUAAAUGAUGGAUUUUUUAGAUUUAAAACCGGUUCGUAUUGCCUCAGAUAAAUUUCAUAUGUGUAAUGUAGUUCCGUCUACCUAGCAAGUGCCUUAUAAAUGUGAAGCCUGCUAAUUAUGACACGGAAUAUAUUCGUUUCGCUUACGCUUGUUUAAUUUUUACAUGGUUUUCUGUUCAUGUUACAUGUUAUACUUAUUUAAUCUUUGUCUUGUAUAAUGGACAUUGUUAUGAUGCAAUAUGAUCAUGAUAUUGUUUGGGUUAGUAUUGAAAUCACGACCCACAGGCGAAUAUAUUCUGCUACAGUAGUUCCGAUUUAGUGGGCUACCACAAAGUGUGUACACAACAAUAUGCGCACACACACACACACACACACACAUAUAUAUAUAUGUAUAUACAUGCAUGUAUGUAUUCAUGUGUGUAUAUAUAUAUAUAUAUAUAUAUAUAUUACAUGCAAUUACAUACAUAUAUUUGUUAACUUACCUACUGCUAUUCAAGAAGUGACUAAUGGUUAUAAGACCGGUAGUAAGUAGAGUCAUUCAGGACUUGGUGAUCCUUCGGACGAAUGGUGCGAGUGCAUGUAUUAUUAGAACGUUGAUGUUUGGACCAGCAAAAACCACUACAAAUGAUCGGUUAUGAAAAAAUGUCAAAAAAUAGUCGUGUGAUCUCGUUGUUUAUAUAUAUAUAUAUAUAUAUAUAUAUAUAUAAUUAUAUAUAUGUAUACUGGUGACAAAUUUUAGGGUUAGGGGCAAAGUAAACCCCUGCACUGUGCAGGUGCAAAAACUAUCAAUGGUUUUCAUUGUUAAUAUUCGCAGCUGCGCCGGUGUAGAUAGCACCCAUUCACUAAUUUAUUGAGACUCGGUAGCGAAUUGAAGUGUCAUGACCAGUGACUUGCAAUCUUAUGAGGUGUAAUGUUUGGGAGGUAACUGUGCAUGAAAUGCACACUAACAACGCGCACAAUCAUCGUGUGUGAUGGUGAUGAAAACUGCCGUGGCAUAUGAUAUGUGGUAGUGCACCGAUACAUCUUGGUCUACACAGUGUGUGUGACGUUACAGUUUUAUCGUGGAGUAUGUUUCCCUCGAGAGUAGAGAGCUUAUGUGUGAGGAGAUAGAGUGUCUAGGUAGGUACUCUCUUAAGUGAAUAAGUGUGUGAGUAGUCUGUCUGCACGAAAAAAAAAGGAAAAUGUUACGUUGUUGUGACGCGUGAUUCGGACACAGUCAAGGGCAGCUGACAUAUCAGCAGGACACGUUUCGUGAUCUGCGCUUUCGCGAUCGCACGCGAGUAUCGAUCGUCCACCGUAUGCACCCACGGGGUUGCUGCGCUCGCCCCGAUUGUGUCAAACGUCUUGCCACCAAGUGCCAGUCUUUCGUCGCCCCGUAUGUCGUGCGAUUUUGUAAAUCGAAAGAUCUCAGUUGAGAAUGCGUGUGUGGGUGUGUUUGUGUUGACUCGGCAGCAUUCGUGAUGUUUGACGAUCAGUUGACAUGUGGAAUAAAAAAAAAAGGUGAUAGGGGCAUGUGACGUACUGGUCGGAAUUGGGGCAUUUGUAAUCGUGUAACAGGUGGCCGGGGGAAAUCAGAUUUCCUGACUUGCACAGUAGAUUUAGGGAUCACGUGUAUUGGGUUAGGGUUAGGACUAGAAACAUUACAAGUGUAAGGAGUGUAAACUGUUUUAGUACAGAUAUGUGACAAGAUGAAUCAUUGUUAAUGGUAGGAAAUGUGCUCAAAUAACCAACCACCUAUAAUAUGAUUCUAACUUGUGAGUAUUCUAGAUGUAGACAACUAAACUACUGCAUCAUUUUUAUAAUGUGAUAGGUGCCAUAUGUAUCCACUAGGGACCAAAAAGUCAGGAUUUAGGACCUGGAAUGUAUUGUCUGUAGAUUUUACUAGGAAAACGCCACCGUGUAGAAGCAAGCACCAAGGCUAGUUACUAACGUAGUAUAAUUAACACGACUGCUGCAUAGUUCCCCCUCCCAAAAUAAAUAAAGGAAAUUGCUUGUGACUGGA